AAAGUUGCCACAAAACUGCACUUCAGCAUGCUCACUCGCCUGUUAUUAUCGAUGGCCGCCGUCGUGUCGUCGGCGGCGGACGAGUGCUCCGCUCCCGCCGGCCAGCUCGCGGGCCGUCUCGUCGUGAUCACCGGUGCCUCGCGUGGCGUCGGCGCCGAGCUCGCGAGAACCUUUGCGAGCGAGGGCGCCAUGGUCGUCGUGAACUACUUUCAGAGCAAGGAAAAGGCCGAAACCGUGGUCGCCGAGAUCGGCGAGCAGGCGUUGGCGGUCUACGGAGAUGUAAGAGUGAAAGCGGACAUGGAUGCAUUGGUAGCGACGGCCGAGGCCCACUUCGGCGCCAAGGUCUCGGUCCUCGUCAACAACGCGCUGCAAUCAUAUAAGUUCGACCCGACGUCCGCGUCGGCCUCGCUCAAAACGGUGUCGUGGGAGAGCAUCGACGCGCAGAUGCGAGGCACUGUGCAGGGCGCCGUCAACGCCGCGCAGGCGUGCCUGCCGUCGUUCGAGGCCACCAAGUACGGCAAGAUUGUUAACGUCGGCACGAACCUGGUUUAUAAUCCCGUCGUGACGUACUAGCUGCGUUGAAAUCAACCAGUGAGUUAGGUUGACGGAGACAGCAUCGACGCGCGUGGGGCCCCGAAAUUUGAUUUCCACACAGGUACUACGACUACUCCGCAGCGAAGGCCGCGCUCGUGAGUGUAACACGCAAUCUGGCCGCCGAGCUCGGCCCGCUCGGCGUGCGCGUCAACCUCGUUGCGGGCGGGCUGCUCGAGCGCACGGACGCGUCGUCGCUAACGACGGACGAGGUCUUCGGCUACGUCGCCGGAGCGACGCCCCUCCGCAAGACGACGACCGUCGAAGACUUCGCGACGGCGUGCGUCUUCUUCGCGGCGCCGGCGUCCGACGCCGUCACGGGCCAGAGCCUCUCCGUCGACGGCGGGCUGACGAUGCCGUGA